CGGGUCGGAGUGCUGGAAGCCGAGCGCGAAGGCGUUCGGCGGUGGCCGCUCCGAGAUGGGCAAGAAAGAGCGAGAUAAGAAGAAAUCCAAGAAACGACACUAUGAAGAAGAAGAGGAAGAAGAAUAUGAUAUUCCAGGCAGAGAGUCCCAAGAAGCUGUUCCCUCAGCAGCUGGAAAGCAAGUGGAAGAUUCUGGGACAAAAGUUGAUGAGUAUGGGGCAAAAGACUACAGGAACCAGAUGCUGCUCAAAGCUGAUCAUUCCUCACGCCCAUUAUGGGUGGCUCCUGAUGGCCAUAUUUUCCUUGAAGCCUUUUCACCUGUUUACAAGUAUGCCCAGGAUUUCCUAGUUGCAAUUGCUGAGCCAGUUUGCCGGCCUGUCCAUGUGCAUGAAUAUAAAUUGACAGCUUACUCCCUCUAUGCUGCUGUCAGUGUGGGUUUGCAGACAAGUGAUAUCACGGGCUAUUUGCAAAAGUUGAGUAAGACUGGUGUGCCAGAUGGGAUCAUUCAGUUUAUCAAAUUGUGUACUGUCAGCUAUGGAAAGGUAAAGCUGGUCCUGAAGCACAACAGGUACUUUGUAGAAAGCACCCACCCUGAUGUUAUUCAGCAGCUUCUCCAGGACCCAGUUAUUAGAGACUGCAGGCUGAGAAACGCAGAAGGGGAAGAAACAGAACUCAUCACAGAAACUUUCACAAGCAAGUCAGCUAUUUCCAAGUCCAGUGAAGGUGGCAGUGGCCCUUCAAGUUCACAAGGGACAGAUUCUCAGAAUAAAGCAGAUGUCCCUGCUGACCUAUUUGAGUUUUAUGAACAAAUGGACAAGGAUGAAGAAGAGGAAGAGGAAACUCAGACUGUGUCUUUUGAAGUGAAGCAGGAAAUGAUUGAAGAGCUUCAGAAGCGCUGCAUUCAGUUGGAGUACCCUCUGCUUGCUGAAUAUGACUUCAGAAAUGAUUCUGUGAAUCCUGAUAUUAAUAUAGACUUGAAGCCCACAGCUGUUCUCCGACCAUACCAGGAGAAGAGUUUGAGAAAAAUGUUUGGGAAUGGCCGAGCUAGAUCAGGUGUUAUUGUCCUACCCUGUGGUGCUGGGAAGUCACUUGUAGGAGUAACAGCUGCUUGCACGGUCCGCAAGCGGUGCCUGAUACUAGGCAAUUCUGCUGUUUCUGUGGAGCAGUGGAAAGCACAAUUCAAAAUGUGGUCCACUAUAGAUGACAGCCAAAUCUGCCGAUUCACUUCUGAUGCCAAAGACAAGCCCAUUGGCUGCUCUGUCGCGAUCAGUACCUACUCGAUGUUGGGACACACAACAAAGAGAUCAUGGGAAGCUGAGAAAGUAAUGGAAUGGUUAAAGAGUCAAGAGUGGGGCCUUAUGAUCCUUGAUGAAGUACACACCAUACCUGCAAAAAUGUUCAGGCGAGUGCUUACCAUUGUGCAAGCCCAUUGCAAGCUUGGACUGACAGCUACUCUUGUCAGAGAAGAUGACAAAAUUGUGGACUUGAAUUUCCUCAUUGGACCUAAGCUGUAUGAAGCCAAUUGGAUGGAGCUUCAGAACAGUGGCUAUAUUGCUAAAGUCCAGUGUGCUGAGGUUUGGUGUCCAAUGUCUCCUGAGUUCUACAGAGAAUAUGUGGCUAUUAAAACAAAGAAGCGAAUAUUGCUUUAUACGAUGAACCCAAAUAAAUUCAGAGCAUGCCAGUUUCUGAUUAAGUUUCAUGAACGAAGGAAUGACAAGAUCAUAGUCUUUGCGGACAAUGUAUUUGCUUUAAAAGAGUAUGCAGUUCGGCUCGGCAAACCUUAUAUCUAUGGACCUACAGCGCAGGGAGAGAGAAUGCAGAUCCUACAGAAUUUCAAACACAACCCCAAAAUCAACACCAUCUUUAUCUCCAAGGUAGGUGACACAUCCUUUGAUCUACCAGAAGCGAAUGUCUUGAUUCAGAUUUCAUCACAUGGUGGGUCUCGAAGACAGGAGGCUCAAAGGUUGGGUCGGGUGCUGCGAGCCAAGAAAGGAAUGGUUGCUGAAGAGUACAAUGCCUUCUUUUAUUCUCUGGUUUCCCAAGACACUCAAGAAAUGGCAUACUCAACCAAACGUCAGAGGUUUCUAGUUGAUCAAGGCUACAGCUUUAAGGUAAUUACUAAACUUGCUGGUAUGGAGGAGGAAGACCUUAUGUUUUCAACCAAGGAAGAACAGCAGCAACUCCUCCAAAAAGUUUUGCAAGCUUCAGAUCUAGAUGCUGAGGAAGAGGUGGUUGCAGGAGAGUAUGGUUCCAAAUCUUCUCAGGUUUCUCGACACUAUGGUACAAUGAGCUCAAUGUCUGGAGCAGAUGAUACGGUUUAUAUGGAAUAUCAAAGCUCAAGAAGCAAAGCAUCUUCCAAUAAACAUGUCCAUCCACUUUUUAAACGCUUUAGGAAAUAGUAAAGAAAAAAUGCAUUCAUUUCUUCCACGAAGGACACAUAUCUGGUUCGGGCUUUUAAAAUAUAGUGAAAUAAUUUCAUAAAUUGCUAAUACACAAAUUGGAGUGAAAUAAUUUGCCCAUAAAGGUAGAUGGUUAUGAAUGGACUUUACCUAGGAUAGACUACAUGGAAACAGUAAUGGUAAUGUGUAAUACCUUUUGUAACCUAUAUUCUUAUUUAACAAUGUUAAAUAAUGUUUUAGACUUUCACAGAGCAUUCUAUUUUUUGCAUAUAUUUAUACAAGUAUAUAGUAAAGGUUCAAAUGUCUGAAAGCACUGCAUACAAUUCUGUACAAAAAAUGUACAGCAGCUUGUGGUCCCUUCUUUGAAUACCUUGGAUGCCCCAAAUUGAAUGUCUUCAAGUGUGCUUCUAUUGCUUUCAGUCCCUUUUGUACUGUUGCUGAUCCCAUUUUGUCCAGAGUUACAGGGAUUUCAUAUAGCUGGGACAGAAUAGUUUUCAGCCAAAGUUUCAGGUUGCAUAUAAAUGAUGUAGUUUUGACACUUAAAUGUGACUUCUGUUUUCCUGUUAGGCUCAUUGGCUAACUAUUUCAGUUCUGCUUUGUGCAAAUUAUAGGGCCCUGCAGAAUUUGAUAGAGGUAUUUAUUGAGCAGAUUCAGGGACCACUGUGGGCAAGAAUAACUGAUUAUAAAUUAUUCCAGAACUCAGCUUUAUCUUUUUAUAAUGUGAAAUGGUGUCCAAAGGGCUUGUUUGUUUCUGUGGCACACAGAAUGAUCUUUCAAGUGCUGUUCCUUUGAGUUCUAGUUUUUUCCCUGCCUCACCCAGAAAUAGCCCUCUCUUGAUCUUCUCCGGCUUUCCACUUAAAACAGCUUUUCUCAGAUUUCUCCGUAAGUCUUUUCUCACUGAUUUCUUAAUCUCAGGCUUCCCUCCACCCUCUCUUUAAAAAUGAAGACUUCCCACUCUUUACCUUCUCAUCUGUGUUCUGAUGGUUCCAGUAGAGACGGGACUUGUCCCAUCAAAGAAACCUGGAAAGAAGACAAUACAUAUUAGGGUCAGUAGGCCUCCAAGUGCACCCCAGCGUGUCUUCCCAUCGAGCAUGCUGGUGUCCUGCUUUUCUGCCCACCAAAACCAGGCGCCAUCCCUCCAGUCAGGUUAUUAGCAGCUAAGAAGUGGAUAGCUCUAAAAAGCAACUUCCGAGACCAGGACAUUUUCAAGGCAAUGGAUGCCGCCUUGGCCCUAGCGGAGGAUACCAUGGCUAACGCACAAGGUUUGGGGGUGGGGAGAUUGGAGCAGCAAUGCAGAUAGUGGCCACCAUUUCCGCAAGCCAGAAUGUUCCAGCCCUUUUCAGUUUGCACCACCUUACGCUAACCAGGUUUCCAGCAGCCAACACCCAUCAGGCCUUUACUCCUUUCUUCAGGGCAAGGUCUCUUAUCCCUGUUUUUAAUAAGGAUAAAUUUAUAUUUUAAAGAAUAGCACAACUUGUGAUUGCCUCUUCCAAUUGCAGGGCGGGCAUCAAAGUUGGGCAACUGUCAAGGGCCCACACCCCAGCAGGGCCCACUGACAAGAGGGGCUGCUCCUCUGCAUCAAUGCAACUUGCUUGGUCACUGCUUCUCAGACAGUACUGGUGGCGAUGAGGAGGAAGAGGUGCCACUGCUUGCUUGUUCACUGGCUCUCUGUCUGUCAGGCAAGCUACUGGGAGCAGUGAUGUGAAAGACAACAUAAGUGAAAGGGCUGAGUCAGUGAGGAAGGGAUCCCGUUGAGGAUGUCUUACCCAAGGGCCCUGAAAAUCUGGAAGGUGACUCUGCCUAACUGCAUUAUAAUGCAGAUGCUUAUCUACUGCUAGGUUCAUUAUCAUGCCAACAUAGUGCUCCAGUGGAAGACCAUGGAGAUACAUGAUUACAGGCUUCCCCCAGCUUAUGGUUAUAUGGUGAAGAAAAUUAUACAAGCAAGAGCCACAAUAAUAAAAUGGCAAUACUAACAGCUGGUUUCCCACUGGUUGCUGUUGUUACAUUGGGUCUUGACUGAGGUCUGCACAAUGCAAUGCAGAAGAUUCUUGCCUCUGUGGCUGCUUUUCUAAAUCGCAUUUUAGUAUUUACAGGAGCAGUGCUAAGGUUCCAAGAGAAUGCACCUGGGAGAGUCUUCCAAAUCACCUGCUGAAACUGUGGACGCUGCUACAGCCUCAGGAGAGAGAAUUAAGAAUGUGAUUCCUCCCUCUCAGUGGCCAUGGGUAUAACGGCCACAGGAAUCUGAAAAGGAGGCAUUCCAGUGGAUGCAGAGGAGAAAGAAUCAAUCUAGAGGAAAUGUGACAAGGAAGCAUGGACCAUGAAUAUUGCUUCCGUUGCUGCUCUCACAUUACCAACAUUAGCCUGGCACAGCAUUGGACGCUCAGAAGCCUCAGAAUUUGGAGCCUUCUGUUUAAUGACAGUGCAAUCCAUAGGAUUCCUCCCUAAAUAUACAAGGAGAUUAUGAAACCAAUUCAGAUCUUUUAAAACAAUAAAAAGCAAAAGAACAUAUCUACACUAGAUGGUUACACUGCACACAAACCUGUUUUAACAUGAUCCCUUUUAAGGUUGCAAUCCUUGAAAAUCCUACAACUUCCAGCAUGCUCCAGAAAAUGCUUUGUAAACAUGUAUAGGAUUGUGCUCUAUGGCUAAUAUUUGCCAUCCCCUCCCAAUUAUUUCAGAGGCAUUGCAUCUGUUCUUUAACCUGUUCCAUAGAAUUGCUGUGAUAUUUAUAACCAUUGUUGUCUAUACCUGCUGUAAUCACUAUAUAAGAGAGUAUCCCCCUAGAAUUCCAGUUAUGACAUCGUUGUCACAAUAAUCAAGUUAAAAUAAGUUAAAUUAUUUCCUUUGAGUUCUCUUUUAAAUUUAAUCAAUAACCCUAACUACAUGGAAGUACUGGGGUGGUGAAAGGUGAUGAUCAAUGGAUAGCCACUGUACCUCUCUUUUAGUUGAAAAAUUGAGAAAAGUUGCUGCUACCUAGAUAAUCUUCCUUUCUGUGUGUCUUACCCCGAUUUCCUACUAUUGCAUUCAUAAUCUUUCAAACAUCUGGAAGUUCAUCAGUUGUCAAAGGUUAUAAAACAUCGGGAUAAUAUGCAUCCAUAAAAGAGAGAUUGGAACUCUGCUUCUGGUUACCAUAAAUUCUGUUUCAUGUGUCCUUGCUCUGAACCUGCAAGGAAAAGAUAUUUAUUGAAAUUUAUUUAUUAAUGUUUGUCUCCAAAAACAUAUUCUGUUCAAAAUCUUUGUACAAUAAAGUAAAAAAGCAUGUAAAUAAACCAACGAUCCCUU